AUGCAGAAUCACUUCCAACAAAGUCCUGUCCAAUACUACACGAAAAACAAUUUAUUCAAUUCUCUAUCCAAUCCCUAUUUGGCUCCAGAAUUGAGUCAAGAGAAGGCAUUAUUCACGAAAUGCUCGGACAUUUACAGCUGCGGGAUAUUACUGCUCACACUUUUGUGCGGAUCUUCCCUCCACUUCGACCCACAAAUCGACUUCUUCUCAAUUGAGGAGAAAAUAUGGAACAGCAUAAGUGAUAUUGUUAAGGAACUGGUGCUCAAAAUGCUUAAACCAAAUGCAAACUCACGAAUCACUGCCCUAGAAGUUCUAAAUCAUAAAUGGCUUUCUCAAAAAGAGUUAUUCACACGAAAAACACAUCUCAUGAACACAAUUGAAGAAAUGAGAAGA